CGGUUAUAAGCAAGCUUGGCACCCAAACUUGCACCUUAUAAGAUUAUCGUCAUAUAAAUCGGCAAAAUGGGUAAAUGUGGAAAGGGUACGGGAUCGUUUGGUCUACGUAACGGCAAGACCCACACCCUCUGUCGUCGCUGCGGUAACCGCGCCUUCCACCAGCAGAAGCGCAGAUGUGCUUCUUGUGGAUACCCAGACAAGAAGACUCGUGGUUACAACUGGUCAUUUAAGGCUACCCGUAGGAGGACUACUGGUACUGGCAGGUGUCGUCACUUGAAGACUAUGCCAAGGAGGUUUAAAAAUGGCUUCCGUUCUGGUACUAAGCCAACUCCUAAGAGGCCUACUGGUCCUUCAUCGGUGUAAACCGCCCAACCCACAUUAAUCGUUAGAUUCAUAGUAUC